AACUGCCCAGUCCGCGCGCGCUGUGGCUCCGCUCAUUUUGCACUGGCUGCUGACAGAAAGCAGACGUGACGCUGUUACUCCACGACACAUUACACACCGAACUAUCGCUUUGGAUAUCGGACUGUCCUUAAAUCCCAGAUGACACGCCUUCAACCCGGAGCGAGACGGUUGCGGUAAGAAUUUCUCUGGAAUGCGAGAGCUGUGCUGUGCCAGUGCUGGACUCACAACAAACAGGUGACGUUCACGUUGGACUCUCAAAGCAGGAAAGCAAGAGGAAGUGUGAAACAUCUGCUGAACACAUCGCCAGAAAGCUGUCACCAGGUGUGUUGUUCUGGCAUUGGAGAGGGAUCCAAAGGACAUCUUUAUGCCCACAGGCUUCCGCUGUUCACAGGGGAGAUGAUCUGGAGCGCUGCACACAGGCCUAUCAUUAGGCCAUUGGGGCCCAUGCUAAGAAAUGGAUAGCUUUGCCACAAAAUGUUAUAGUGCAGCUUCCCUUAACUAUGGGGCACCGGUGAAGGAUCAUUAUGGAAAUAUUUGUUUUCUUGAAUUCAGCAUAAGCAGCAGUUUUUGGAGAAACUGCAUAUCAGUGUGUGGCUAAGCAAAGCAAUUUAGCUUUUUUGGACUUUUUUUAUAUUAAUGUGUAUAGCAUUUAUUGUUUUUAAGUGAAUGAUUUACAUCACAUAAACAGAUUUACGGAUUUAUGAAUAGACAAAGACCAUGGCAGCCACCUAUCGCAUUGUUGUCAGCAGCAUAAACUGUUACAACAGUGUUGUUAUCGACCGUCGUGUCCAACAUACUGUACACUACUGUAAUGGACCCUGCGGUGCCAUUAAACAUGGACUUAACUGCACAGUGGCUCACCGGAGUACAUGUGCUGAGCUUCUUGAUACCCCCAUGUCCAGACCAUGCUCUGAACGGCCCAUCAGCAUUCAUGAGUCGAAAACCAUGGAGAAUGGCAACAGCGGGCCCGGUGCUUUUUGUGAUGACUUCCACCAGGUUGUCCCUAGAGUCAAGAAAGGAUCAGCCGUCCAAAGCUCAGCCAGUCUUAAGGAUAUUACAGGCGAGGCCAUUAACCUGGCCAGUGGGAAAAUCAAGGAGUUUUCAUUUGAGAAGAUAAAAUAUUCGUCCAGCCAUGUGACUUUCAGAAAGGGCCGUAAGGUUAGGCCAGAUUCCUUUAGUAGGAGGUCUACCGAUCUAGACAUCAUCUAUGGCCAAUUCACAGGCAAUGAUGAGAACUGUCCUCCGUUCGGCCUGUUUCAGAAGUCUGUACUAGAAGAGCACAAGCUGAGUCGCAGUGCAUCCCUGGAGCAGAACUUAAAUAAUAUGGCCACGCUCUACCUUAACAGCCUCACGGAGGAGAACCUAAUUACCCGCAUUCUGGAGAAAACUAAAACAGACAGCAGUGCCUCAGGAGAAGAUAUUAAAGCUUGCCUGGACAUUCUCCUCAAGUGCUCAGAUGAUCUAAAAAAGUGCACUGACAUCAUCAAACAGUGUAUCAAAAGAAAGUCAAUGGGUGGAGGCAACGACGACUCAAGUAAUCCUGAGGUCAUUUAUAAAAACGUGAUGGCACGUCUUUCCAACUACCUGAAGAGACUUCCUCUUGAUCUGGAAGGACAGGCUGGAAGGCAAGAGCACAGUGAGCUUGCUGAACUUGUGAAUAGCUUACAUGGGCUACAGCAAAUUCCGUUCUCCCCCAUCUUUGGCAAUGAGCAACCUCCACGUUAUGAGGACGUGGUUCAAUCUUCUCCACCCACAAAGCCUAGGAUCAAAUCCCCCCAACCAGAACCUCACGAAAGCUCUAGGGAUCUUGCAAGCAAUCUGAAACCCAUUCAGAGCCUCUCUGGUUUGUCAGCACGAACAUCUCCGUCAACUAAUGGUUUUCAACAUGGCAGCUUGCCUUCAGCCUGCAGUGGCAGCUGUUCAAUACCCUUUAUGUGCCACCACACGGUCCCAACCUGCCGACCGGACACAUUCUCUACUACUAACUCUCUUUUGUCUGCCAGUAGCGAAAACCAGUGUAAAGAUAACAUGGAGAUGCUGUAUAUCGAGGAAGAGGAUGGAGAUGUGGGGAGAAUGGCAGACAGAACAAGUAAAGGGGAUGGGAAGCACAGCUGUGGACUCUUAGAGUCCAGACAAUACUCCAAGAAACCAGCUGGCUACUCUGAGCCUAGUGACAGCGUUUCAGAAAAACUUAAUGAGCUUAACAGGAAUGGAACUGCAUUCAAGCCUAAAAAUGAUUCAACAAUCAAUCAGAUGUAUUUGUCAAAAAGCCUGGACUCCAGAUUGUUCCCAAAGUCAACCUCACACGUUUCUAAAGGAGGAGUGGAUGACAUUGAUAAGCUGCUGAUGGACCUUGAGUGUCUUUCCCAGAACAUGCAAAAGGAGCCUCCACUGCCCCCUAAACUUAGGAACUGUGCCCAGCAGACCAGCAGCUCCCCUCAGCACCAGCAUUUUAUUGACAGCUCAAGGGUUAAAGACAUAUCUGCAGCAGGUUCCUCUGGCCCAUUGAUGACCAAGCAGUCUGGGCCAGGAGUUGAGGCCACAGAAGAGGAUGAUGGAGCACUGCUUCUCAGGAUUCUUGAGAGCAUUGAGAGUUUUGCUCAGGAGCUGGUGGAAAGUGGAGCUGGGAGAGGAACUCAGUCUAAGGAGCGUGAGGUCAUGCGUCUCCUCCAGGAAACGCUGGCCACCACCAAAGCAGAGGUGGCUUCACAUCCACUGCCUUUACCUCCUUCUGAAACCACACCAAUGCCUGUCGAAACACCAAAGUCCACACCUGCACCAACACCCUCAAGUGCCCCUAUAGCCAUAGCUACAAGUACAUCUACUCUGAGGGACACAGGCUCAACACUUCUAAUCCAACAGAUGCCUGAAGUCAUCAGGAUUCAGCCAGAGAAGAAACCUGGAACGCCUCCUCCAUCUAUUGCACCUGCACCCGCCUCGCCAACCCCACGGCCGCCCAGCCCUCCACCGGCCAAAGUGGUGGCCACUCCUCCACCCUCCUCCAUAAACAUUCCACGUUUCUACUUCCCCAAAGGCCUUCCAAACUGUGCUGCCAACUAUGACGAGGCCAUUGCCAAAAUUGAGACGGCCUUCACCGAGUUUGAAGAGGAGAAAGCCGACAUUUAUGAAAUGGGGAAGAUAGCAAAGGCAUGUGGUUGUCCCCUCUAUUGGAAAGCAACCAUGUUUAUUUGUGCUGGUGGAGAGAGGACUGGCUUUGUUUCUGUCCACUCAUUCAUUGCAACAUGGAGAAAGUUAUUGCACAGCUGCUAUGAUGAUGCAUCCAAGUUUGUUUACUUGUUGGCCAAACCAGGCUGCAGUUACUUGGAACAAGAAGAUUUUAUUCCUCUGUUACAGGACAUAGUGGACACUCAUCCAGGGCUAACGUUUUUAAAAGAUGCUCCUGAAUUCCAUUCCCGGUACAUCACAACAGUGAUUCAGAGAAUAUUUUACACAGUUAAUCGGUCCUGGACAGGAAAGAUCAACAUGACCGAGCUCAGGAGAAGCAACUUCCUCCAGACACUCGCCCUGCUGGAAGAAGAGGACGACAUCAAUCAAAUCACAGAUUAUUUCUCUUAUGAGCACUUUUAUGUCAUUUACUGCAAAUUCUGGGAGCUGGACACUGACCAUGACCUCUUCAUCGACUCCAAGGACUUGGCCAGAUACAACGACCAUGCUUCAUCAAGCAGAAACAUUGAGAGGCUGUUCUCAGGAGCCGUCACGCGGGGAAACUCAGUGCAGAGAGAAGGAAGAAUGAGCUACGCUGAGUUUGUUUGGUUCCUCAUCUCAGAGGAGGACAAAAAGAACCCUACGAGUAUAGAGUACUGGUUCCGCUGUAUGGAUAUGGAUGGAGAUGGCGUUCUUUCUAUGUAUGAAUUGGAGUUCUUCUAUGAGGAGCAGUGUGAGCGCAUGGAGGGGAUGGGCAUUGAACCACUGCCCUUUCAGGAUCUCCUGUGCCAGAUGCUGGACUUAGUCAAGCCAGAAUGCCCAGGUAAAAUUACUCUUCGAGAUCUGAAGCACUGCAGGAUGGCACAUAUAUUCUACGACACAUUCUUCAAUCUGGAGAAGUACCUGGACCAUGAGCAGAGAGAUCCCUUUGCAGUGCAGAAGGAUUUGGACAGUGAUGGCCCAGAGCCCUCAGACUGGGAUAAAUAUGCUUCUGAAGAGUAUGAGAUUCUUGUGGCAGAAGAAACAGCCAAUGAACAGUUGCGAGAGGGAUCUUUCGAUGACGAUUACGAGUCCGAUGAGCUCACAGUCUCCUCUGACAUUGGAAAUAAAAUGGAUAAGCUGGUCAUAUCUGAUUUAUCGGCAUAAGCCUCUGUUGUCAUCUCCACGCCUUGGCGUUCAUCGUCGCCAUGAACGGAUCACCACCACCCCAUGUUUUCCCUUGUUUUCUGAAAAAGGGGAAACCAUUUUUUUUCUACAUUUCAUUACGGACAUUUGGUGUGUGUGUGUGUGUGUGCUUGUGUGCAAUAGAACAAAUUCUAAAACCCAAAGGCUUUCAUACACCCAUUAAAGGCUUUAUGUGCAAUAUGUCUUAACGUGUAAAUGUAAAAGCAUUGUUUUUCCACUCUCUUACUCCCUCAUACUAAACUGCCGGCUGGUUCCAUCCACCCUUCAUAAAGACUUUGAUGUGAAAAAUGGACUUUAGUUACUUUGGAAUAUGUCUAGAAUGUGCUUUUAAUGUGAGUGAAAUUAUAUGUGAUGCUGCCAUUUUAAGAAGCGGGGAAGGAACAGCAGAGCUCACGUUAUUCUUUGUGACACACGUAACUCACUGAAACUUCAAGAGUCUUUAGACUGAAUCCAAACCACAAGUCAUGAGAACAGCAUAUAUUCUUGAGCUGCUAUGCUGCGAUGCACAUUAAGGGACAUUGCAACGGUGCAAAACUAUUACAUAGGUUAUGUGUUGCUCCUAGUGGUCACUGAUGGUAUUGCAAGUUGUUGCUUAAAGGAAAAGAGAACGUAGUGACUUUUUAGCUACUUAAACUUAAAGGCGGGGUAACCGAUUUCCGAAUUACGAGUCGGGCCGAGUACCAAAACAACCUUGUAGCCAAUCAGCAGUAAGGUGCACAGUGCACAGGACGGACAUUAGCCGAGCCGAGCGCUGACGAAAGCGAAAGAUGGGGGUAGGGGUGUGUUUUGGUGAUUUGAACAUCAACAACGGCUAAGAGAAAUCGGACACCCCGCCUUUAACCACAGGUAUAAAAACCUCUAUUACAUAUGAACCGACCAGGACAAUCUUAAACUUGAAAACAUUUUUGGGGAAUUUUCUUUCACAGCCAUAUCUUCAAGAUUUUCAAAUCUUUUUACUGAAAUGCAAACAUGAAAUAUAUAUAUAAAUUCAUUAUUCUUUUCAUCGUCAAGGUGAAGUGUACAGAGACGUAUGUCCUAUAGCAUUUUGUUUAUGUGUUGAAAUGUUUUAAAUGGAUCAGUAAUCCAAUGAAUCUGUAAUGUGUAGAGAUCGAAAAGUGAGCUAUAAUGCACUAUUUAUUCAGUGUGGGCAUUGUGUGCGAGAUUAUUCAGAAUCAGAUCAGGUAUAAUCGCCUGUCCUGAUACAAUCCCUCAUAUCUGAUCUCUUAUUUUCUUUUAUAAUUUGCAAACCUUACUGUUUCAAACAGGUUGCUCUGUCACUCUUAUCAGCCAUUGGUCAAACAAAACAGGUGGUCCCGCCUCAGAUUGAUGCUCUUUUUCUUUACAGAAAUCUAUCUGCAAACAGCUUACUUGGUUCUCUCUACAAUCAUCUGGGAUAAGAAAUAGUAUUCUAACAUUAAACAAUGCCAUACACAACCUUUAACAAAUGAAUCUUUUAAGUGCCAGACAGGCAGAUCAGUGUUUUACCAAUGUCUCUCUCUGUCUGUCUAUGUGUGCUUAAUGGCCAAACCCCCCUCCAUUCUAUAACACUCUUUGGUUAAUGUAAUUAGUGUAAUAUAUUUAUAUAUGUGAAGUGGUUUGUUUUUGUUUGGGCAGCCAUUUUUAUGGUUUACUAGUAGCUUUUCUUGUAUUGUAGUCUAGAUUUUUUUUGACCUAUAGGACAUUUAUUUUAUAUAGCCACUGUAAAUGUCUUUGUAUUUUUUUUUUCCCAUGUGAUUGACUCUGCCACUGAGUGGUAGAGAAAUUUUAAAUUAUUCUAUAUCUCUAACUGCCAGUGUUAUAUAAUGUGCAUUAAGCUGAGUGGGCAGGGGCUUUAUGAAGGAAUUCAAAAGGAAUUCACUGAUCGGUGACAAUCAACUGGAUGUGUUUCCGUGUUAAAGAUGAGCAAGUAGCACUUCUUAGAAAACAGAGCAAUACAACUGCUGUAGUGUAUUACAAUUAUAUCCGGACAAUUAGACGUUAAGAUAAACAAACACACACAAACCUGAAUCUAAACUUGACUAAUGCUAAAAUUAUGCUUCAUCAUUUUCAUCACUAGCACAUUGACCGCUAUGCAAAUCUGAUCUUCUGGACAGCUAUUGACAGCCACAGAAGCUGUAAACAAAAAAAGUUGUUAGCUUGCAACUUUUCUUUUUUUCUUUUGAGUUUUAUAUCUUUCUAUGUGUUUUUUUGUUGUUGUUGUUCUGAAAAGUCUUGCUUGCAGACAGUGACAGAAAGGGAUUUAAGGAGAAUGAUCUCACUGUUGAGAUGCUGUUGUGUUCGCAUGAAUUUUCCUUUUUUUCUUUUGAAAAAUUACGAAAAUAAAUAAAAAUGUUAAU